CCCCCGCCCACCCCAUCUCAUGAUAGUCGAGAUCCUUCGAUUUCGAGGUCCAAACAGCAAUAUUCUUCAUCAGGGCGGUAAGACAAAGAUUAUGUGUUUGCUAUGUUUCCUGCUUCUUCCCAAAAUGUUUAGCGAAAAUGAAAAAUAAGCCCUUUCUGAGAAAGUGCCUUCUGACUUAGAGGGUAAAAGUCAAUCUAACCUAGUUUAGAAAAUGUACUUCUGUCCUCAAUAGCACUUUCAGUUUUUUCUGGCUCAUCAAAGAAAUUUUGGUUUUCACGUUUCAGCCUUUUUGAAAAAAUGACCUUCCUUUAUUAUCGCAAUUUGUGCAGAGAGCUUAUGAUUUUGUUCACAGCUAGCCUGAAUUUCAGCCGUAUCUCGGGAGUUUGCGACUAGAUGAGAAUUUGAGGUCAUUCAGGAGCUCCUUACUUAAGUACUAGUCCACGGCAAUAGCAGUUGAUAAUAUUUAAGGUAAAUUUACCCUGCUAGCAGUGUCGAUUCGAUUUUUCCUAGGUUAGAAAGAUCGAAGGAGACUCGCAUAGGCGUACGGGCCGGGGGGGGGGCGAGGGGGGCUGCAGCCCCCCCAAAUUUUGGGCAGCUCAGAGUUUUUGGGCAGCGAGAGAAAAUUUGGACAAAGCCAGUUUUUAAAGACGUCUCCAUGUUUAUUUAAUUAUUUUAAAGACCUGAAUAUUAACCUGAAGUCGGCGUAAUAAUCCAGUUACAUUACAGUGGUUGCUUAGCAUGUGAUGAGUAAUUUACAUAUUUACAUUUUUUUUUGUUGUUGGGCACCAUACUGCACUGCACUAACUGGAAAGGGCUAUUUCCAGUUGAGAAUUAAUUAAAAUAAACUUUCGCAUAACUUCCUAGAAUCAUCUCCACUCGAAGAACAGUGUAUGGCAGAUAGCAUUUAGCAAUGGAUAUGGAAACCCGAGUUUGACUGGAAACGCUUGCUACGCAGGCUACAAUGGGUAUGAAAAUGAAGAAGUGGCUAACUAGUUCUCAGUUUGAAUUAGGAGAAGAAUCUUAAUUCUUUUAAAUAAUCUAUCGAGCGGUUUAAAAUUAUUCGCUAAUUUGUUAAAGUAGACCGAAAUGUUUACAAAACCGCUAACAAGAGUGUCUCGAUACAUACUAGUCAAAUCUUUCUUUCGAUUCCAGCAAUCAAGCAGAGCUAUCUCCACGAUCUUUGACACAUGUUUUUAAAAAGAUUAAAGUACUAUGAGAUGAAAUUGCAGGUCAAAAGCGCUUCGUUUUCUACAGAUAACGGCCAAAAAUCAAGAUUUUCCUUUUCUUACCGUAUUUCUAAUAAUAAAAACUUCAUUGCAAAAUAUCUCGAUAACGCUCUCUUAAGGUUUUUCUUUAAACUUCGCGAACAUCGAGGCGACCGUAUGGGAGAAAAAAGCUUCCUGUGAACGAUUUUGUAAGGUUCCCGUGCCGAGAAUCAUUGCUGAAGUAAAUAGGUAAUGGAGUCAUUUCGUUGCUAUGACAACUCCGAUGUCAUUGCAACCCUGAUGAUGACAAAUUUUCAUCUUAAUACAACUGUGGUCGCAAUUUUUCCAAAUGUUUGUUUAUGGCGACGUAGUUUAUGCUUAGACUUGGUAUUGACCCUGAAAAACUGUAUCGAGCCACCUUCAUAUGCCAGGACGGCCUAGUUGUUGGAAUAUGGCCCUCAUUUCUUUUCGGCUCUUUCGUAAAAAUUUGGGCAACUUGCGAGAUUUUUUUGGGCAAAUGGUUUACCGUAUGCAGCCGUUUUUGUUUCAAUUUUCAUGCAACGCGAAGACAAAAAAAGGAGCUGAAUAGGAGACUACUCCUCCUGUUCCCUUCAAAUAUGGUUACUCCUUCACCAAACCAAAACGAACCCAUUACAUUGGUAUGGAAUUAAAAAAAAAUUGAACAAGUGUAAAAUAUGAGAAGCCCAUAACCCUUAUAAUAAAAGCUGACCACAGUUUUGUCCAUUUAAGGUUCCUAAAAUUUGUUUCGACCACUGGUAAAAUUCAUCUUCAAAAUUAGAGGUGGUCCACAGGGGUAGUCCAUGGACUAGGUCCACAGGGAUGGUCCAUGGACCGGAGUCCAUAUUUUUUAUAUGUCCUUAAAUAAAGCAGCAUUUUGCAUUUCUCGGCCUUUUGCAUUUUUCGAGUUCUUCGGCCUCAGUGGAUAACACCCUCUGAGAUCUGCAUAAUUAUUCAUAUCCUAGGAAAUCUGAAUUCAAUAAUUGCUUUAUUUAUUCAUUCAAAAUAUUUCCUAGUUUAAAAACAAGCAUCCAGCUUCUAUGCUAAGUUCAUCUUGAUAGUGCAUGUUUAUCAGGAAGUUUAGAAGAUAAAGCGCUGUUCAGGUCUGCAAAUAUACUCCAAAUAGCAGAUGUCGUCCGUUGAGUUGCUAUUCUUGCUAUGUUUUCAGACAAUAGUUUGCCAUGAAACGAUUAAAAUGUUCUGCCGACUGUUCCGCCCUUUUGUUCUCACUACCAAAACAACUCAACCUUGUCCCCAGGUCUUCUCGGUUUACGGUUCAAUAAUCUGCAAAUUUGCUGCACUUUUGACGUCAUCAGUUCAAUAUGGCAAAAUUCUUCCAAAUUUGGUCAACAGUUGCUGGUUAUGAUGAAUUAUGCGUGUGAUGUUAGCCAAUCAUAAACGUAGAAUAUUUUGAACGAAUAAUAUGUGCUGUUAAUGUCCUCUGAGGAGUUAAACAAUUUUUUUUUAUCCUGUGUGUUUCGGGUAUUGGAAGAAAACAGACACACUUCCAAUGAAACUGUCACCCUUUUAUUAUUUAUUAAUGAGGAUUGCAAUUUAUGUCGCACAUGUAGAGAUAGUUCAGUGGGUUUUUUUAUCUCAAGUUGGGCAAGAAAAAACAGGACAACCAAGGGCGCCCAAUUCUAUCUUUCACCCAUACUACUUUCAAGCACCUGCUGAUAUGUACAUUUACUCAGGUGCUAGUGACAUGCGUAAGUGUUGUUUUUAAAAGCUGAAAGUUGCCGUAAGUCUCAAAUGGCCAGUGAGUAUAAAAUGGGAGAAAGCAUGCAUGCUACUUGAAAUUUUAGUAUAAUAUAAUGUCAAAGAACAUUUAAGAAGGUCUUAAAGUAUUUUUUAAUGCGGUUGUGAGUUUAGGAUUAGCGCGGCCACCUCGGCUCAUGGAAGACUUCUUUUAGACGAAGAAUGUGUAAGAACUUGCAAAUCCUCACCAUUAAAGUUAUUACCCAGCUCUCUUGCAAAAUAGUAGACUACAUAAGAGGAAUAACGAAACAUAAAUGCGAUAUUUAUAUCCACAGAAUAGGGGCCAGGAAAUGUAGAGGGUAAUACACUGUAACCUUUUAAGUGGAAAGUUUGAUUGCAACUUAGGCACAUCCUCCCUUUCCACAUGAGCCUAUGUCCCAUGCACUCCUGACUUCCAUAAUUUAAUUACAUGAUCUCAACAAAUAAUCCCUUCAGAUUGCUUGCUGUUGGGGCGACAUCCUGCUUCAAUAAUUUUUUGGCAUUUUAUCAAAUAGGGUCAGUUAGGAUGCAGAUAGUUGUAAUUCUGGUAGAGGAUUUGAAGUAAGCAAUCAUGUAUUACUACUACGUUUUGGGGGUUGUCAAAACUUUCAGGGUAUGCAAAAUAAUUCCAUGUCUUGGCCCCUGUUCUUGAAAAUGAUCUAAUUAAUUAAUUCGUUUAUCCAGUCUUGAAUAUUUAAAAUUAUUUUGUGAUCACCUCUUGAUGAGGAUCUAGUGUUAUAGGUGUGUAAUGAAAUUGAUUAUUAGUGGUGGAUAAGUAAAUGUUUGUGACAUCUUGCCUAUAAGGAGGAGCACCUGAUUUGAAAUAAAGCAUGAUAAGAGGAAGAAAUUAUAUUAGAGAACUAAAAAAUUAAUACUAUAUGGGAUUAUGUGAGCUGCCAAAUGGCUUGAGUACAAUCAAAUGAAAGGCAAGUUUUUCCUAGACAAAUAUUUGGUUGACAUGAGUUUUAGCUGCUUAGCCCAAGGCAACUAUACCUUAUGCAUGGUUCAAUUUGACCUGUUACCAUGCCCCCCGGGCAUGCCCCUGGGGAUUUGCAGUUUUUUUCUUCCCUGGUGGUUUAUUCCCCGCCCUUGGGCAUGCAGAAGGUAGUCAAUUUCCCACCCCGGAACUUCUGAUCGACCUAAUUUAAGUUCUUUUUGGGUACAUCUUCUUCAGAGCGAAAAAGAUUACGGCAGUACAACAGAAAAACGAAAUGUUUUCAGAACAUUUAGAAACGUUUUGUAGACUAGAGUUUAUUGAGAGAAGGAUAAUACGUGUAUUGUUGUUGGAAACGAAAAGGAAGAAAAAACUCUUCAGCGCCUCCCUGAUAGAACACUUCAAAAGAACACUGGACUGAAUUUUUCUUUAUAUAUAUGAAUUAAAAGCCUUAUAUCCAUACAGUCUAGUUAAGUUGUCAUAUUAUUAAACUAGGCUGAAGAAAUAUUUCUUUGUUUAUUUUGCGGUGAAAAAAAAAACCAUUCGAAUACGCACCAUAUUGGCAAUUCAUUCGAAAUUUUAAAACGUAUCUUCAAAUACAGACUUUUCUUUUGGCAGGUUAUUCCUCUCCAACCACUCUCCGACAAAUUCCUGCAUUUUCCCUUGAAAAUACGUUGUCUUGAGUUCUGCAGCUUCGUGUACACUGCGCAAGAAAUAACAUGAACUUCGCAAAAUGAAAGAGAAAUUUAUUAUUGAUUUGCCCCACCUCCUAUCCCUGGGACAAUUUUCGCGCGUUUUGAUUGGCUCCCGUAACUCGGAAUAUCCUUGGCUAUUCACUGUUUUGCGACCGGAGCCAAGAUAGCGUCUCGUUUCGAAACAUUUAUUUGAGCGAUAAAUGAACCAGUCGUACAAGCAAAUAGCAAGAAAGCGACGAACUUUGGCUUGUGGGUGUUUACUGGUAGGUAGAAAAUUAUUUUCUUGCAGAAUUUGCAACAAAAUCAUAAAAAAUGAUCCCAGGAACACUGUCAAUUGAAACGUAAACUAGGUGACGUCUUUAUUUACAAAAAGAUACUUUUUUAUUUUUAUCCAACUGAUUUGGUAAAUACUAAAAGAUAGAUAUAUACCUCGACGCUUUGCGUCCCUGUCUAUAUCACCACUAUUCACCUCCCAUUUGGGGGAUAGUUGUAUACUAUUCGCCUCCCCCUCGGGGGAUAGUUGUGUAUUAUCGCCAUAAUAUACAACAUCAUCGCAGUCAGGAAAGAAGAAAGGGAGAUCUAAAUAGACUAUACUAGAUUCUAACUUGAUGUUAUCGUAAUAAUAUCCAAUAUCAUCGCAGUCAGGAAAGAGGAAGGGAAGAUCUAAAUAGACUCUAGUAGAUUCUAACGUGAUAUUAUCGCGAUAAUGUCCAAUAUCAUCGCAAUCAGGAAAGAGGAGGAUGGGAUUUAAGUAGCCUCUAGUAUAAGAUAUAUAGAUACAUUAUAUAUUAUAGAUAUAGGUAUAUAGAUAAUAUAUAUAAGUAUAAGUAUCAGAUAAUAUCCGAUACAUGAUAUCCUUUCGAUAUCGCACCUAACUCGAAAUUUGCUAAAUUCAUGGGUGAACUCUAUUCAGCUUUCGAAAAACUAGGGCCUUGAAGGUAUGAUUAAUUUUUAGGCACAACCCUGCCACUCCAAUCUGUAUUUAAAAUAUUCUAAUAUUGCAAUUCCAUGGACUCUGACUUCAGAAAGGUGCAUUUUGUUUUGAGGCAGCUCUAAUAGGUUUUUAGCAAUGUUAGAAGCUAACUAAGAGAGAUUUUUCUUUGAUGAGCAUUUGUUAGUGGUUUCUUUGGUCCAUUUUUAGACUUCAAAUGACAGCAGAAUGAGCAGCGCUGGGAAUGGCAUUGCUCAAGUUUCAAGCACCAACAAGCCAGGUUAG